AUGAGAGUUUACCGUACGCAUUUGACCAAUAAAACCUUGACCAUGGAAUUAAAUGAACAGAUCCCAAUGUUUCUUGCCGUUACUGGCACAGAAGAUGAGGCCGUGGCAAAGCAGUUUUUGACGCUAACCAAUAACGAUUUGGAGUAUGCAGUGACUCUUUACAUGGAACAGCAUCCACCUGGCUCACUGGAUCCUUCAACUAGUGGGAGUGUAGAACCUGGAAAUGGCCCUUCAGAUGAAGAUCUUGCUCGACGUUUACAAGAAGAAGCAUAUCAAGGAAGCAAUAGCGUACGAGAAGCUGAUGCUUCAGUUCAUCGUCACGAGACAUUGGUGGAGGAUUAUGGUUGGGGGAGACCUCAUGGAGGAUUUGGUGGAUCUCAAAUCGCCACUGAUCGCCCACAAGAUAUAUUUGGACGUGGUCGUGUUGGUGUUUUCAACCAAAGAUUUGAUGAUGAUGAAACAGAUUUCUACGAAGCUCGUGACAAUUACAAGGAUGAUUCAGGUGAUGAUGACAGUGAUAAUGAGUAUAAUAACGAUAUUGAUCACGAUGAUGAUGAUGAUGAUGAUGAUGAUGAUGACGACAUAAUUGUUAUUGAUUCAGAUGAUGAAAAUGAUGAAAUCAGUACCAGAAGAGCUCCAUUGUCACGCAGAAGACGAGCCAGAGACAACCGAAUGUCUGAAUUGACAUCAACUCAAAGAAGAUUAGCUGAUUUAUUCCGUCCGCCUUUUGAUAUCAUGAAAAAGGUGAGUUUAGACACAGCAAAGAGUUUAGGAAAGGAAGAUAAAAAAUGGAUCUUAGUUAACGUUCAAGACUUUAGUGAGUUUGCAUGUCAAGUAAUGAAUCGAGAUUUCUGGUCGAAUUCACAAGUUAAGCGUUGUGUUAAAGAGAACUUUAUAUUUGUUCAAUAUCAACAUGAUUCACCUAAUGGAAUUAACUAUGUGAAUUUUUAUCAUCCUGAAGGAUAUCCUCACCUUGCCAUUUUAGAUCCAUUGACAGGUGAAAGAGUUAAGAAAUGGCCUGAGGGUAUUGUACCUGAUCCAUCCUCGUGGUUGGAAGAUGUGAGUGGAUUUUUAAGUGAGUUUAGUCUUCAACCUGAUUCACAAAAUCCUAUGGUUAGUCAUGAAGUUAAAUUCGAUCCAGGGAAAUUGACUGAAGAACAACAAAUCGAGUAUGCCAUGAAACAACUGAUCAUGGACUCUAAAGGUAAAUCAGAAGAUUCAGCCAUUGACCUAGACCUGGACGAAGAUGCCUUUGGUAGCGAUCACGAAGAAAAUAAUAGAACAGACGGUAAUGAGUUCAAUGAUUCUUGGGAUAAGAUCUUAGCACAAGAUCAUAUAGAACCUUCAACAGGUGUUACCACUCGUAUACAAUUUCGGUUCCCCAAUGGGAAACGAGUUAUACACAAGUUUGCUCUUGAAGAUGAAAUUUCAACAAUUAUCAGUUGGUUGAAAUACCUUGUUAAUAACGCAGAAGCUAUCGAGUAUGGAAUAAAUGGUAAGUUUGCUGUUUCUAAUGCAUCCAAUCGUGAGUUCAAGCUAUUGGAAAACUUAAACAUGAGUAUCAAUGACGCCAAUUUAAAGAACUCCAGUAUUUUGAUAGAGCAAGAGUAA